CCGCCCCGACCUACUCACCCAGCUCACAAGCAUCUCCCUCACCUCCGGCGAAAAACACACCAGAGCUCACCUCUCCCCUCGCUUCCUCGCGAAAAUGUCGACUGAAGUGGCUGCUGCCGACAUCCCGGUGCCUCAGGUGGAGGUAGCCGCCGACGCCGCCGUUGACACACCGGCGGCGAAGCCGGCCAAGGCGCCCAAGGCGGCCAAGGCCAAGAAGUCCACUGGCCCGAAGAAGCCCCGCGUCACCCCGGCCCACCCGUCGUACGCCGAGAUGGUGUCGGAGGCGAUCGCCGCCCUGAAGGAGAGGAGCGGGUCGAGCACCAUCGCGAUCGGCAAGUUCAUCGAGGAUAAGCACAAGGCGCACCUCCCGGCCAACUUCCGCAAGAUCCUGCUGACCCAGAUGAAGAAGCUCGUCGCCGCCGGCAAGCUGACCAAGGUCAAGGGCUCCUACAAGCUCGCCAAGGCCCCCGCCGCCGUCAAGCCCAAGACGGCGACCAAGAAGAAGCCCGCCGCCAAGCCCAAGUCCAAGGCGCCAGCCAAGAAGACGGCCGCCAAGUCCCCGGCCAAGAAGGCCGCCGCGAAGCCCAAGGCCAAGGCCCCAGCCAAGGCCAAGGCGGCGGCGAAGCCGAAGGCGGCUGCCAAGCCCAAGGCCAAGGCUGCCGCCAAGAAGGCGCCUGCUGCUGCGACCCCGAAGAAGCCUGUUGCCCGGAAGCCGCCCACCAAGAGGGCGACGCCGGUGAAGAAGGCCGCUCCGGCCAAGAAGCCCGCGGCCAAGAAGGCCAAGAAGUAGAGGCCGCUUGACGGACCUAGAUGCCCUGGCGGUAGUAUUGAGUAGCCUAAUUCUCUGUUCGGUGUUGUCGGUCAAGAGCUUCUUGACUGUGUCUUGGGCGGCGGUGGGCUGUAAAUCUGAUCUAUCUGUGCCGGGGGUGUACCCUUGUCGAGGAAUAGUGGUAUCCAUGGGAAUCAGUUGUACUAGUAGUAGUAACCAGUGUAAUUGAGUCUUUUUAUUAUCGCAGCAAUAUCCAUGAGCUAUUUGUCAAAA